UGUUUGACCGUCGUACCGUACGUAUUGAGGCUACUCAACUUUUCAUCAAGUCAAGAUGUCUGGACGUGGCAAAGGUGGUAAAAUAAAAGGCAAAGCAAAGAGCCGUUCCAAUCGAGCUGGAUUGCAAUUUCCCGUGGGUCGUAUUCAUCGAUUAUUGAGGAAGGGAAAUUAUGCCGAACGCGUCGGUGCCGGUGCACCGGUGUAUUUGGCCGCCGUGAUGGAAUAUCUUGCCGCUGAAGUAUUGGAAUUGGCUGGAAAUGCAGCCCGCGAUAACAAGAAAACGAGAAUCAUUCCAAGACACUUGCAGCUCGCCAUCCGCAAUGACGAGGAGCUGAAUAAGCUGCUCUCAGGCGUCACUAUUGCACAGGGAGGUGUUUUGCCAAACAUUCAGGCAGUGCUAUUGCCAAAGAAGACUGAAAAGAAAGCAUAAUCGUAAACUGGCAAUGUGAGACAACAACUUACAGUUGGCCGCGGAUCCACAAAAUAUCACAAAUGGCCCUUUUCAGGGCCCCAAAAUAUUGAUACGAUGGUACGAUCUCGUUCGCUUCAAAUUUAUAAAAGAAUUCGUGUUUUUGUCUGAUUUUAAUAUUAAAAAAAAAAAGAAUUAUAGAUAAUAGACAUUUUGAACAGGUUUUAUAAUCUAAAAAUCUAAACAAAACAUGAAACAUUUAAUAAACAUGUCUGAAGAUACUUAGAUUCUUGAAUUCUAAAGCAAUGAUUUGCAAAUUACGCAGUUAUAUUAAAAUUUGCAUACAUAUGAGCUCACAUAAAUUAUUUUAAAUUCUUAUCAAUUAUAAAGAUAAUGUAAAAAAUUGCAUGUAUAUAAUUG